AGCCUGACCGUUCUAAGAUGAUGCUCGGUUAUGGAUUUAACACGAACGGUUUCUCCCUGUGGGUGGAAGUGAAAGGUCCGGAGUUGUCUCGCUCGCCAACGACUGUUGUUCUGUAAUUCUCGUUCUAUCCGACAUCCAACUGUUACUGCGUUCCAAACGGGUGCGACUUUAUAAACAGGUCUGGGAAGGAUUCGGUCCCCGGUGCUCUACUUGAGCAGUGUGUGUAAUGGAGUUGGCUCGGUGUCUUGGUGGACUUGCACCAUACUUCAUAUGAAUGUGUAAGUAGCUGAUACGUUGCUAUAUUUAAAACUCAAACUAAGACUUGUUUUAAGAAUAUACCCAUCCAUAUAAAAACACCAGAUGCAGUGAAGAAGAACUUUAUGGGUCACGCAUAAAGGGCAGUGCUUCACGAAUCACGACAGCGCCCUUUAACUUUUUUUAUGGGGAUCAUUUAGCCUGAAAAUAUCUGGGGAGCCUGAUUGUAAACCUAGAAAGACAGAGAGGAGAGAACACUCAGUACGUCCGUGGUUGUCUGCAGAACCGGGAACUUUUCGGUCUGCGUCGCCAUGAGUUUGGUCGGUGGCUUCCCACACCAUCCGGUCAUGCAUCACGACGGUUAUUCCUUCGCUGCAGCGGCGAGCCGCUGUCACGAGGAGAGCCCGUACUUCCACGGCUGGUUGAUUAGCCAUCCAGAGAUGUCCCCGUCGGACUACGGAAUGGCCCCGUCCUACAGUCCCGAGUACGCUACCGGGGGACCCGUCCUGGACCACGCUCACUACGGGGGAGUCCCCGGGGCUGGCGCCGUCGGGAUGGGACCCCGCCCCGUCAAAAGGAGACCCACUGCAAACCGCAAGGAGCGACGCAGGACACAGAGCAUCAACAGCGCGUUCGCGGAGCUCAGGGAAUGCAUCCCUAACGUACCUGCGGACACCAAGCUGUCCAAGAUCAAGACGCUGCGCCUGGCCACCAGCUACAUUGCCUACCUCAUGGAUAUCCUCGACAAAGACGAGCAGGGUGGCGAGGCUGAGGCCUUCAAGGCCGACUUCAAGAAGGCUGAUGCCAAGGAGGAGAGGAGGAAGAAAGACGUGAGUGAAGUAUUGAAAAGUUCGGCGAGCAGCAACGACAAGAAAACCAAAGGACGGACAGGCUGGCCGCAGCAUGUUUGGGCCUUGGAACUGAAACAGUGAAACGGCGCUUCCGCCUUACACACAGACUCUGACAGACUGCUAACUCAGUGUUCUCCUGCUUUAUUUAAUGGAAUAUUUAUGUGCAAUUUCCCGCUGCGGAGAGUGGAUUUUUGAAGAAAAAACAUUCCAUUGUAAAGAGGAGGGAAUCCCCUUGGUAAGGGACUCGUGUUGUUAUUGUUGUUGUUGCUGUCUUAUUGUAUAGGCUAUCAUGGUCAGUUGUUGUCCUAGAGUGAACCAGAGACAUGACGGCCACAGUGGUGUAUGUGAAGUGUAGGCUUUCUAGCUCUCUCUUUAAAAGUCUUUCUAACCCCCCUUCCCUUCUCUCAUUCUCUCUCAUGGGUGAGGCAAUGCUAUAUCAAUGGAGUUUAUCUGAUGUCAUGGUGUUUUAUUUGAGCAACAGUCUUGAAGAGUCCUGAUGUCCUGGUUGUGGUAGACAGUAUUUUGGUGGAGUGCAGACUGUUCUAGAGUCCACUCGAUGCACUUCCGUCCGGAGACGUGGAAUUAAAAUAAUAUCUGAGAUGUAAACAAUGUAAUUAAUUCAAUAAACCACUGUGUUUUUAAAAAAUCACUUA